CAUUGUGUCUAGAUCGUACGUCGAAUUCUUGUUCACUAUGGUUUCGAUUAUAACUGCACAAUUUGUUAUUAUUUGUAUGAAAAGUAUAAUAUGUGAUUAAGAAAAACUUUGCCGUGAAAGUAAAUUGAUGAUUGAUUGAAAAUUCUAGACAAACAAAAGAUUCUCUGACUGAUCGGGUGUUAUGCAAUCGAGUGUAAAUUGAGUGUGGUGAAAAGCAUAUGAAGAAUCACAUCAGCGAUAAUUAUGAUCGUCAUAGUACUUUUGAUAUGUCUAUCCAUUGCCGCUUUGGGAUAUCUACUUCAAGAAUUGCAGCGCCCGACAAACUACCCACCAGGUCCUCGGUGGCUUCCAUUCGUCGGCAAUACUCCAUUCAUUCGUAAACUUGCUCAAGCCCACGGCGGGCUGCAUCUGGCAUUUGAGGCUCUUGCCAAACAGUACAACAGCGACGUAAUUGGGCUGAAGCUUGGCCGCGAGUAUGUCGUGGUAGCUCUGCAGUAUCCCGCAGUGCGAGAGGUCCACAGCAAGGAAGCCUUCGAUGGGAGGCCAAACAAUUUUUUCAUUCGAUUGCGAACUAUGGGAACCAGACUUGGAGUAACUUGCACCGAUGGACCGUUCUGGGCUGAGCACCGAAAUUUCGUCACACGCCAUCUGCGCCAAGCUGGCUAUGGCAGAAAACCUAUGCAACUGCAAAUACAGAAUGAACUGAAUGAACUUAUAGGCAUGAUAAGAGACUUGAAAGAAGAACCAGUUUGGCCGGGGAGUAUUUUGCCUACGAGUGUGAUCAAUGUUCUGUGGACGUUUACCACUGGUUCGAGAAUCGCUAGAGAUGACGAAAGGUUAGCUAGAUUGUUAUUGCUACUGCAGAAUCGGUCUAAGGCAUUCGAUAUGUCAGGGGGAAUUUUAAGCCAGUUACCCUGGCUACGGUACAUCGCUCCGGAGUGGACAGGAUACAAUCUACUGAAAAGAUUCAAUAAAGAGCUUAACGAAUUCUUCAUGAUUACAAUUGAUAAGCAUCAUCAACAGUACAGCGAAGAUAAAUGCAACGAUGAUCUGAUCUACGCAUAUAUAAAAGAAAUGAAGAAUCAACAGAGUGAAAAGAACACAACUUUCACAGAUCUACAAUUAACAAUGAUUAUAUUGGACAUCUUCAUAGCAGGGUCUCAAACAACCAGUAUUACAAUCGAUUUAGCCCUUAUGAUGUUGGUUCUCAAACCAAAUAUUCAACAGAAAAUCCGAGAAGAAGUUGACGCCAACCUCCAGCCUGAUGAACUACCUCAGCAGAUUGAUCGAACAAAUCUUCCGUAUACAGAAGCUUUCCUCCUAGAAGUUCAGCGCUACUUUCAUAUUGUUCCUGUUAGUGGUCCUAGGAGGGCCCUCGAAGACUGCACACUGGGCGGAUACCAAAUACCCAAAAACACUACAGUUCUGAUGGGCUUACGAACAGUUCAUAUGGAUCCAAACCAUUGGAGCGAUCCGGAGGAAUUCAGACCCGAAAGAUUUCUUGAUGCUGACAAUAAUAUCACUAACACGGAGAGACUGAUUCCAUUUGGACUUGCCAGAAGGCGCUGCCUUGGCGAGUCGCUUGCCCGCGCUUGUAUGUUCACUUUUCUAGUUGGUUUAAUUCAGAAAUUCAGUAUGCACAAGCCCGAAAACUGCCUCGAAGAUCCAUCUGUAAAACUGCAAUCGGGUAUCACCCUAUCUCCAAAACCGUACAAAAUCGUAUUUAGACCGAGGUAAUGUAACAAAGAAAGCAAUGCCUUUGCAAUUGGAUUGCUCCAUAGCUGGAUUGUAGAAGCCAUAAUUACUCAUGAACGAU